AUGACCACACCAAACAUCUACACCGCAGUUAUGCAUACCGAACAUACAAAAGCAACUGGAAUGAACCCACUCCAUCUUCCAAUUGGGCUUUCAGACCGCAAACUCCGCCGCAACAGUUUUACCUCAAGUUACGGCGCCUUUCUCUCCUCGCACGCUCACGUAAUCAGCGACAAAAUCUCUGGUGUAGCUGCGGAUGUCAUCCUGCAUUUGUACAAUGACCACAAGGAGAAGAAGGAGCGACAUCAUGAGAGGAGAAGCUCAAGCUCAAGUGCGUCUUCUGGAUCCAGUCUGAGCGUGAGGUCGAGUUCCGAGUUAUCUUCGAGGUCGAGAGGGACGUCGCCAUUGAGAGGCUGA